GAGCAUGUCAAUUUUCAGCCCAAGCUGCAUGUGAUUUUCAUGUCCUGUUUUAGGAUCUUAAAUUGCAAGCGUGAUGCCCGUGCAGUGUUAGAGCUUUACUGCUGAUUGCAUUUUACCGAGCGUUUUUAUUUGCACAUUCACUUCUGGCCAUAUCGUUACAACGGAAUUUAAAGAGAGGUCUGUCUCUUCUGCAUAUCAGAGACACUACACCAACUGCAUUUACAAUUUUGGACUCUGCUAGAGCUUUCACAUCCCACAGAAUCAUCUCCUCUUCGCUGUUCUAAUCUGUAUCCCUGGGUUUGAUGAAGAUAGAAGUCCCAGAUGCCUAAAAACAGCAAGGUAACACAACGGGAGCACAGCAAUGAGCAUGUGACAGAGUCUGUUGCCGAUCUUCUUGCUCAUGAGGAGCCUAUCGAUUAUAAGAACAGUGCACUGAAUGUGGGUGGUGUCCCGCCUCACAAGGAUAUCAAUGAAACCUUGGACUUAGGAGACGAGCGCCCAGCAUGGAACAGCAAGCUUCAGUACAUCUUGGCCCAGGUUGGCUUUUCAGUGGGGCUUGGGAAUGUGUGGCGUUUUCCAUAUCUGUGUCAGAAAAAUGGAGGAGGUGCCUAUCUGAUCCCAUAUUUCAUACUUCUCAUCAUCAUUGGGAUUCCAUUGUUUUUUCUGGAGUUGGCAGUUGGACAGAAAAUACGGCGUGGCAGCAUUGGUGUGUGGAACUAUUUAUGCCCCCGUUUAGGUGGAAUUGGAUUUUCCAGCAUCUUGGUGUGCUUCUUUGUGGGACUCUACUACAAUGUGAUCAUUGGCUGGAGUAUCUUCUAUUUUUUUAAGUCUUUUCAGUAUCCCUUGCCGUGGAGUGAGUGCCCACUAAUAAAGAAUGGCUCUGUUACAGUUGUCGAGCCAGAGUGUGACAAGAGCUCAGCUACCACAUAUUUCUGGUACCGUGAGACAUUGGACAUUUCAAACUCCAUUUCGGAAAGUGGUGGACUGAAUUGGCGGAUGACACUCUGCUUGCUUGCUGCCUGGCUUGUUGUGGGUCUGGCCAUGAUUAAGGGAAUUCAGUCCUCUGGCAAGGUGAUGUACUUCAGUUCUCUCUUCCCCUACGUUGUCCUGUUUUGUUUCCUGGUUCGAGGCUUGCUGCUGAGGGGGGCAGUUGAUGGCAUCGCGCAUAUGUUCACUCCAAGACUGGAAAAGAUGCUGGAGCCCCAGAUUUGGCGAGAAGCAGCCACUCAGGUUUUCUUUGCUCUGGGACUGGGCUUUGGGGGAGUCAUUGCCUUUUCAAGUUACAACAAGCAGGACAACAACUGUCACUUUGAUGCCACCCUUGUGUCAUUUAUUAAUUUUAUCACUUCAGUGCUGGCUACCCUCGUUGUCUUUGCUGUCCUGGGUUUCAAAGCAAACAUCAUGAAUGAGAAAUGCGUAAUUGAGAACGCAGAGAAGAUUCUGGGCUACCUCAACUCGAAUCUUCUGAGUCGCAACCUGAUUCCUCAUCAUGUGAACUUCUCUCACCUGUCAUCAGCUGAUUACACUGAGAUGUACAACGUGAUCAAGACAGUGGAGGAGGAUGGCUUCUCAAAGUUUGGGCUGGAGCCCUGUCUGCUGGAGGAUGAGCUCAAUAAGGCAGUACAGGGAACUGGCUUGGCUUUCAUUGCCUUCACAGAAGCAAUGACUCAUUUCCCAGCUUCUCCAUUCUGGUCAGUGAUGUUCUUCUUCAUGCUCAUUAAUCUUGGCCUUGGCAGUAUGAUUGGAACUAUGGAAGGCAUCAUCACACCCAUUGUUGACACCUUCAAAAUACGCAAGGAGAUUCUAACAGUUUGUUGCUGUGUAUUGGCAUUUCUCUUAGGACUCCUCUUUGUUCAGCGCUCUGGCAACUACUUUGUCACCAUGUUUGAUGACUUUUCUGCUACGCUACCCCUCACGAUUGUUGUCAUUCUGGAAAAUAUAGCUGUGGCUUGGUGUUACGGUACAAAAAAGUUUAUACAAGAUCUGACAGAAAUGCUGGGCUUUCGUCCAUACCGUUUCUACUUCUACAUGUGGAAGUAUGUUUCUCCUCUGUGCUUAGCCUUGCUUGUCACUACCUGUAUCGUCCAAAUGUUCAUUAACCCUCCAGGGUACAAUGCCUGGACACGUGAAAUUGCCGGUGAACGCUAUCUGAGCUAUCCAGAUUGGGCAAUGGGGAUAUGUUUCACCUUGAUUACUGUGGCCAUGCUACCUGUACCUGUUGUAUUCAUUGCCCGACAGUUCCACUUAGUGUCAGAUGGUUCCAACACCCUUUCUGUGUCAUACAAAAAAGGUCGCAUGAUGAAGGAUAUUUCAAACCUGGAGGACAACGAUGAGACACGCUUCAUUCUCAGCAAGGUGCCCAGUGAAGCUGCAUCACCAAUGCCCACCCACCGCUCAUACCUGGGUCCUGAAACUGCCUCUCCUUUGGAGAAUACGAGCAGCAACCCAAAUGGGCGCUAUGGGACAGGCUAUCUUAUGGCCACAACGCCAGAGUCAGAGCUAUGAUUACGAGAGUAGUUGGAGUGUUAGCUUUCCCUUACAGAAUAAUGGAGGGCAGUAUUUUGGAUAGCGUUUGUGUAGAUCUUAAUUUUCAGCUUGUUCAAAUGACUGGAGUCCACUAGAAAAGUACCUUAUCAAUGUAC